UCUGUAGGCGUGUCCAAUACCGUCCAAUCACUGUCAUCCAUGCUGAGCUCUGAUUGGUCGCCUCACCUGUCCGUCACUAGGACCACAGCCAACCGUGUUCUCCUUCGCAGAGAGAGUGGGCGGGGUAAAGGGGCGUGUCCCGUAUUUCGUCAUGGUAACGGCGCUGGUGUGUUUACCUACGGCAGCUGUGAAGGCUCAUGUGGGAGUGGAGGUUGCGGACCCCCUCGCCAGUUCUGUGACAUGAGCUCUUUCUUACGACUGGCCACCAUUACUCUACCAUUCGGACUCCUGCUCUCAAGAGUCAUGGCUUGGACCUCGAGUGGGAAAACGCACGCCGAUCUCAUCAACAACCUACGAAAAAAUGGCGUGAUCCGAUCUCAGCGCGUGCAGGACGUCCUGAUGGCUACAGAUCGAGCCCUUUAUAUAAAGAAUUUCCCCUAUAUGGAUUCUCCCCAGAGUAUAGGAUACAAGGCAACGAUCAGUGCGCCCCACAUGCAUGCACACGCACUGGAGUUGUUACAGGACAAGCUGCAGGAAGGAGCCAGGGCGCUGGAUGUCGGCUCGGGCAGCGGAUACCUCACCGCCUGCUUUGCUAGAAUGGUCGGUGUCACGGGGAAGGUAAUUGGAGUCGAUCACAUUGAAAAACUGGUCCUGGAUUCUAUUCAGAACGUCAAUCAGGAUGAUCCAGAAUUACUGAGCUCCGGGCGGGUGAAGCUCUUGGUCAGUGAUGGGCGGCUGGGCUAUCCUGAAGAAGGCCCUUAUGAUGCCAUCCAUGUUGGGGCAGCAGCUGCUACAGUCCCACAGGAGCUGCUGAACCAGUUGAAGCCUGGUGGACGACUGAUCCUGCCCGUGGGGCCCGAGGGUGGCAGCCAGUUCCUGGAGCAGUAUGAUAAGGAUGGUGCCGGGACGGUCACCAAAGUUCGCUUAAUGGGCGUCAUGUACGUUCCUCUGACGGACAAAAAAAAGCAAUGGCCAAAGGAUGAUCUGUGAAAGGGAAUUCGGGUCAUCACAACACAGCGCAGAACAAUUGGUUAUCGGAGAAGGUUUUCCAAGAUGGUGCUGGGAUUUGUGUCCAGAAACGGCACUGUUCAGGAUCUGCCGUGGUCCCGGGCUUAUAAAUGUUAACGUAUUGGCCUCAGUCAGGAGCUUUACGAACGCUCACAGAUAUUUAUAUAUGGACGCCGUGAGGAUAGAUAACAUAGGAAUAUGGGAUUAGGAGGCAAUACGAAAAAAAAUUAGAUAUUACACACAGUUUUCUCACCGUCCGCACCUCCGGCUGCUCCUCCUGUCAUCCCUUUAGUCUUUUUAUUAUAAGAGGUGGCCGGAUGUGUUGCUGAAACUAAUCUUAGCCAGUUUAUGGUGUACUGUGACAUUUGUGUGGAAUCGCUUUUUAUUUUUUAUUUUUUUUUUAAGAUUAACCCAUUGUUUCUGAUGUUUUACUUAGAAGAGACCCGAAAUAUUUUGCUGAUUUAAAGGGGUUAUCCAGGAAAAAAAACAUUUAUUUAUAUAUAUA